CGCCGCCAGGUGACAGUUGGCUGCCUGGCUGUGGCCGCCUCCGCAGGCGCGAGGCCGGGGAGAGGCGCUGUGCUCGCUCUCUCGCGCGGCGCCCUAAACAUGGACGGUAGGGCGGCUUCGGCGGCGGGACCGGGGCAAGCCGCCGUGGAGAGCGGAGGCGGACCUGCCCGGAGACCCACCCGCUUGGUAUCGGGGGCGGCGGGGCCGGCGGCGGCGGCGGGGGGCGCGAUAUCGAGCGCCGCUGGGUCUCGCCAGCCCAGCGUGGAGACGUUGGACAGGAGUUCUAGGUUGCAUACCCGCCCCACAGGAUCCCAUGUUGAAUGGUGUAAGCAACUUAUCGCUGCUACAAUUUCUAGUCAGAUUUCAGGUUCUAUGCCCACAGACAGUAUAUCCAGAGAGUACAGGGUAUACAGGAGGCCUACUGUAAGGGAGAUACAGGAUGGACACAAUGGUUAUCCUUCUGACGCAGAAGUUGAUCAGGCAUUGAGAGAUGGAAACAAACUCGCCCAGAUGGAAGAGGCUCCACUUAUUCCUGGAGAAUCAAUUAAAGCUAUCGCUAAAGAUGUCAUGUAUAUAUGUCCAUUUAUUGGAGCCAUCAGUGGUACGAUGACAGUGACAGAUUUCAAAAUGUAUUUCAAGAAUGUUGAAAGGGAACCCCAUUUUGUACUUGAUGUUCCUCUUGGAGUGAUAAACAGGGUUGAAAAGAUUGGAGUGCAGAGCCAUGGAGAUAACUCUUGUGGUAUAGAAAUUGUUUGCAAGGAUAUGAGAAAUUUGCGGUUUGCCUACAAACAGGAAGAACAUAGACUGGAGAUUUUUCAGAACCUUAUUACACGAGCAUUUCCUCUUUCUCAUGGGAUGCCACUGUUUGCAUUCAGCUAUAAAGAAAAAUUUCCUAUUAAUGGCUGGAAAGUUUAUGAUCCUAUGGCGGAAUAUAAAAGGCAGGGAUUACCAAACGAGAGCUGGAAAUUUUCUAAAAUUAAUAGUAUGUAUGAAUUUUGUGAUACGUAUCCUGCCAUCCUUGUUGUGCCAGCUAGUGUAAAAGAUGAUGACCUCUCUAGAGUAGCAGCAUUCAGGGCAAAAGGCAGAGUUCCAGUGUUAUCCUGGAUUCACCCUGAGAGUCAGGCCACCAUCACACGUUGCAGCCAACCUCUUGUAGGCCCAAAUGACAAACGCUGCAAAGAAGAUGAGAAAUAUUUGCAAACAAUCAUGGACGCCAAUGCUCAGUCCCACAAGCUUUUCAUCUUUGAUGCCAGACAGAACAGUGUUGCAGAUACAAAUAAGGCAAAAGGUGGGGGAUAUGAAAGUGAAAGUGCCUAUCCAAAUGUCGAGCUGAUCUUCUUGGAGAUCCCAAAUAUCCAUGUGAUGAGAGAAUCACUUCGCAAGCUGAAGGAAAUAGUUUACCCUACAAUUGAUGAGUCUCGGUGGCUGUCCAAUGUGGAGAGUACUCACUGGCUGGAAUAUAUACGGAUGCUUCUUGCUGGAGCAGUGAGAAUUGCUGACAAAAUUGAAUCGGGUAAAACAUCAGUGGUGGUGCACUGCAGUGACGGCUGGGAUCGUACCACUCAGCUUACCUCUUUAGCCAUGCUCAUGUUGGACAGCCAUUACAGAACCAUUAAAGGCUUUCAGGUUCUCCUAGAAAAGGAGUGGAUGAGCUUUGGACAUCGGUUUGCCAUGCGAGUAGGCCAUGGAGACGAUGAUCAUGCUGAUGCCGACAGGUCACCGAUCUUCCUUCAGUUCAUUGACUGUGUUUGGCAAAUGACAAAGCAGUUUCCAGCAGCCUUUGAGUUCAACGAACUGUUCUUGAUCACCAUUUUGGACCAUCUUUACAGCUGUCUCUUUGGCACCUUUUUAUACAACUCUGAACAUCAGCGAAUUAAAGAGGAAAUUGCUGCAAGGUCCGUCUCUUUGUGGUCGUACAUUAAUAGCCAACUAGAUGAAUUCAGUAACCCUUUCUAUGUAAACUAUGAAAACCACGUUCUCUAUCCAGUUGCCAGUCUAAGCCAUUUGGAACUAUGGGUAAACUAUUAUGUGCGGUGGAAUCCACGAAUGAGGCCCCAGAUGCCGGUUCACCAGAAUCUGAAGGAGCUCCUUGCCAUCAGAACUGAACUUCAGAAGCGGGUGGAGGAAUUGCAGCGAGAAGCAGCUACGCGCUCCAUUUCUUCUUCAUCAGAUAGGGGGUCAUCUCCUGUAGCCACACCCGUACACACCUCUGUCUGAUGCGUGACUGGAAUCAAGGUACGGCUCUGUUACAAAUGCAUUCUGGCCCGCCGAAGACUUCCGUGCCCACUGAGGGUUGUGGGGUGCUGACACCUGAUCCUGCUGACCGUCUGUUAUGCUGAGGCCGACAAGUGUUUCCCUGUGUGCAACACUGUAGAGAGGAUGGUGGUUGCUAGUUUCCCUGUGUGUCUUUGAUGUGUUUAACUGAAUUUACAAUUGAAAAGUUAACUUCCUCUUAAAGCAACCUGCAACAGAACAGUCUGAAGCUGGGGCUCCAUCUGUCAGGCAAAAGGUGCAUUUGGCACCCUGCUGCCUCUCCCAGUAAGAAGCCCCCCAGGGAUGGUCAAGCCUGCCACGAACCAGAACAGAGCGAUAAUUUCUGACUGGAACCUGCCUGGUUCCUUGGUACUUAAUAUAAUCAUUGGAUGGUUGUUGUUGGUUUUUAUAAUUCACAGCAAAUAUUAUGUUCCGUGAAACAGUUGAAGAUAAACUGAUGCACUUUGAAAUGAGUUUAAUUUUUAAUACUACAGCCAGUUUUAUAUUUUGAAUAAACACGCCAUUUAAAAUGAA